CAAAAACGUAGAAACAAGACGACGAAGUCCAGUUGAAAUCCUGUGAAAAAACACCAAGAGGUUGAAGUAAAUGGUUCUAGCGACUUAUAACAUAUUUUAUCUUUUCAACACAACAAUGGCGUCGUACGAGGAAAACGAGCGACAACGAAAACAACUGGAAGCUGUUGGCAAGAAGCACAUCGUGUUGUACAUCCAAGGUCUGUCCACGUGCACUGAAGUCCAGCAGCUGAUUGGUUGUAAGGAAGAACUUCCCGCUCCGCCGCAGGCGGGGACAUACAUUUUGGAGCAAGAGGAACCACAGCACCUCCAAAUCAAAGAGGAAGACAAAGCUCCACAGCCCCCCCACGUGAAAGAGGAAGAGGAGGAGGCUGACAACAGCAUGUUGCUACCUACUGGUGUCUCCGUGAAGAGUGAAAAAGACAAAGAUGAACCGAGACCACCCGAAGGGUCACAACGUCAUCGUCCCAGUGCAUGUGGAAACCACUGUGGGGGACCACCACCAGAAAACAUAUUUGCUCCACUGUCGGACAGCGACGACAUGGAAGAACCUUGGAGGAGUGACAAAGACUGUAAAGAUGUCCAGCAGCUGAUAGGUCAUGAGAAAGAGCUGGAAGGGGUGAGCUCCAGUUUGGAGCAAGAGCAGCCACAGCCCCCCCAAAUCAAAGAGGAAGAGAAAGAGCCACAUCCCCUCCAGUUGAAGGAGGAAGAGGAGGAUCUACAACCCCCACACAUUAAAGAUGAAGAGGAUCCACAGUCCCUUUACGUAAAGGGGGAGGAGGAGGAGCCUGACAUCAGCAUGUUGCCACUGACUGUUGUUUUAGUGAAGACGACGAAGACAAACCACCCAAGUGGACACAGCUUCAUUCUCACGGUCCAAUUGGAGACCAUUGUGGAGGAGCACCACCACACAAGCUCUUAGCUCCACUGUCAGACAGUGACGACAUGGAAGAACCUUUGAACAACGAAGCAGACUGUGAAGGUGACGACAAACAGUCAAAAUGCUCGAGAAAGGAGGCAGCAUUUGGCAAUCAGGAAACUUCGCAAGCGUUCCAAAAAUGUUUAACGUGCUCAGUUUGUGUUAAAAGCUUUGUAAAAAUAACACAUUCUAUUGGACACACAAGAACACGCUCAACUGAAAACUCCUUUAGUUGCUCAGUUUGCAGUGCAACAUUGUCUAAAAAAAAAUGUUUGGAAAAACAUGAGAAAAACCCUUUAGUUGCUCAACUUGUGGUAAAGCAUUGUCUCAUAAAGAGACCAUGAUAACACACAUGAGAUCACACAGUGGAGAAAACCCUUUUUGUUGUUCCAUUUGUAGUAAAAGAUUCACUCUCAAGCCAAACAUGGAAAAGCACAUGAGAAUACACACAGGAGAAAAACCUUUCAGUUGCUCAUUGUGUGCUAAAACAUUCUAAUCAUAAAUCGCAUUUGGUAUUACACAUGAGAAUACACACAGGAGAAAGACCCUUUUGUUGCUCAUUGUGUGAUAAAACAUUCUCUCAUAAUUCGCACGUGAUAUUACAUAUGAGAAUACACACGGGAGAAAAUCCCUUUCGUUGCUCAGCUUGUGGUCAAACAUUCUCUCGAAAACUAAACAUGCUUUCAGACAUGAGACAACACACGAGAAGCCCACUUUAGUUCAGUUUGUGAUGGAAAUCACGCUCAAAUGACUACUUGAGGCGGCACGGUGACCGACUGGUUAGAGCGUCAGCCUCACAGUUCUGAGGACCGGGGUUCAAUCCCCGGCCCCGCCUGUGUGGAGUUUGCAUGUUCUCCCCGUGCCUGCGUGGGUUUUCUCCGGGCACUCCGGUUUCCUCCCGCAUCCCAAAAACACGCAUGGUAGGUUGAUUGAAGACUAAAUUGCCCGUAGGUGUCAAUGUGAGUGCGAAUGGUUGUUUGUUUGUGCCCUGCGAUUGGCUGGCAACCAGUUCAGGGUGUACCCCGCCUCCUGCCCGAUGAUAGCUGAGAUAGGCUUGAGCACUCCCACGACCCUUUAGCAAGCAAUUUAAGCAAAUGUAUUAUAUCAGAAGUGUUAUCGCAAUAUAAAACGACCUGUAUAGGCUGUAAAAUCUUCUCCAUAUUGCAUAGAUCUUUGCAGAAACAUUAUCAUAUCAUGAUGUAUGUAAUAAUGUCAAAUGAUAUCAUUCCUCAUUUGUGUUAUUUCAUUCCCUCACCCAAUGAGUUUCAUAAGAGAAUCAAUAAUGGAGUCUGAUCAAUAAGUUUGUCAAUGUUUGUCUGCGUGUAUGCCCUGAGCUUGGCUGGCGACCAGUCAAGGGCGCAUGUACCCCAUCUCUCGGCCGAAGUCACCAGUGGAAGGCGCCAGCACACUUGUGACCCUGGUGAAGAUGAGCGGUGUAAAAAAUGGAUGGAUGGAUGAAAUGAUGGACACAAUGUUUAAAGGUAAACAAAAAGAGGAAAUGACAACGAAAAUGUAGCAAACCGCCCACCUCCUCAGUUUUAUUCAACUAUUUCAAUUUGUGUCAAAAUGCUAACAUUUAUUUUAGUUUGUACUUUUAUUGUUGUUUUGAAUAUUACACGGUGGCCGACUGGUUAG